AGCGGGGGACUCGUGCUGAAGGAAUGACGCCGACUACUUUCUUCUUCUUGUAUCAUUUCAAAAAUCAUUCUUUUGGACUGCGCAGUUGAACUCUUCUGCUUAUAUCUGGAGGAUAUUUCGCGAGGGAAAAACGCCGGAACUCCGAGCGAGACAGAGCAGAGAGGGCGAUGCAUGCCAUGGUUUCACUUUGAUUGCUCCGUUUUUUCAAAGAAGUUAGCUGUACUAGAACCGAACUGAAGUCAAGAGUAAUAACUCAGAUAAGGGAGAAGGAAGGGGGCUUUCGCACGGCGCACAGCCGCGUUGCCAUGGCAGGGAUCAGCAACAUGAGGACCCUGGAGGACCUGACCCUGGACUCGGGCUACGGGGCGGGCGAGUCCUGCCGCUCCCUCAGCCUGUCCUCCUCCUCCAAGUCCACCCCGCACACGACCAUGAGCGCCCCGCGCCGGGGCACCUGGUGGUACCACUCGGGCUCCAUGAAGAGCCGCAACAGCAGCUGGGACACGGUGAGCUCGGCGCUGCAGGAGGACGCCGAGGACAUCUUCUCCAAGUGUCCCCGGCUGCCGGACCUCGAGGAGUUCCCCUGGACGGACGAGGAGGUGGGGGAGGUGCUGCUGGGCAAGGUGGCCGGCCCGGACCGGGCCGCGUUCUCCGGCGAGGCGGUGCGGAGGCUGUCGGCGCUGCUGCGGCGGGCGCUCGUGCGCGUCUCGCGGGAGGCGCAGCGCCUGAGCAUCACGCACUGCAGCUGCGGCCGCGCCGAGGUGCAGAGCGCCGUGCGCCUCGUGCUGAGCCGCGAGCUGGCCGACACGUGCCUCUCCGCCGCCGUCAGGGCGCUCUCCCUGUGGAGCAUGAGCGCCGGGGACCGACAGCGCCGGGGCAAGUCCGCCCGCUGCGGGCUCGCGCUCUCCGCGGGCCGCUUCUUCCGCUGGAUGGUGGACACGCGCGUGUCCGUGCGCGUGCAGCAGCACGGGGCCAUCUGCCUGGCCGCCUGCGUGGAGAGCCUGGCCGAGGAGGUGGGCCGGAGGGUGCUGAUGCUGGAGCGGCAGCAGCAGCAGCAGCAGCAGCAGCAGAGCGCCGCCGCCGCCGCCGCCGACGACGCCGGGGGUUCCGUGGCGGCCGAGGCGCUGGAGGGCGCCGUGAACAACGACCCCGAGCUCUGGGGCGUCCUGCAGAACUACGAGCAUCUCAUAUGUGGCAAGAACGCCAGUGGUGUCCUGUCCCUGCCGGCCCACUUCAGUUCCUAUGCGGGCGAUCAACAUGGCGGCACAGAGAGCCAAGGUGACGCCUACGCCCACCUGGAGCUGCGCACCCUGGAGCAGUCUCUGCUGGCCACCUGCGUGGGCAGCAUCUCCGAGCUCAGUGACCUGGUGUCGAGGGCCAUGCGUCACAUGCAGCGCCUGAGCUCCACCUGCCCCGCCGCGAGCCCCAGUCGCCAUGCGCACCAGCAGCCCGUAUCCUGGUCCCCGGACGCUCUGCACACGCUGUACUACUUCCUGAGGUGCCCGCAGAUGGAGUCCAUGGAGAACCCGAACCUGGACCCGCCCAGGAUGGCCCUCAGCAAGGAGAGGCCCUUUCUGCUCCUCCCGCCUCUGAUGGAGUGGAUGCGGGUGGCCAUCGUUCACGCCGAGCACCGCCGUAGUCGCUUGGUGGACGGCGAUGACGUCCGCCAGACGGCUAGACUGCUCCUGCCCGGCCUGGACUGUGAGCCCCGACAGCUGAAGCCCGAGUGUUGCUUCAGCUCCUUCAGGCAGUUGGAAGCCAAGGCCGCCGUGGACAAGUUCCAGCUGGACCUGGGGUUCCGCAUGCUCAGCUGCGGUCGGACGGACCUCGUGGGCCAGGCCAUCGAGCUGCUGGGCUCCGAUGGCGUGGAUACUAUGGACGAUCAGGGCAUGACUCCAUUGAUGUACGCCUGCUCUGCAGGGGACGAAGCCUUGGUGCAGAUGUUAAUCGAUGCCGGGGCAAACCUAGAUGUGGCGGUUCCUGGCUGCUCACCCAGACACCCGUCAGUUCAUCCCAGCUCGCGCCACUGCGUCGCCCUCACCUUCGCCGUGCUGCACGGGCAUAUCUCCGUGGUGCAGCUUCUCCUGGAUGCCGGGGCCCACGUGGAGGGUGCGCCCAUGCAGAACGGCCAGGGCUGCUCCGCCGAGACCCCGCUGCAGCUCUCCUCGGCAGCAGGGAAUUACGAGAUGGUUAGUCUUCUGCUGGCUCGCGGUGCUGAUCCCAUGCUGAAGCCCCGGGGCGGAGAUGUCCUGACAUCAUCCCUUCACGAGGAGAUGAACUGCUUCAGUCAGGCCGCAGCUCACGGACACAGGAACGUGCUGAGGAAGCUGCUGACCCAGCCGCAGCGGGCGAAGGACGACGUCCUCUCCCUGGAGGAGAUCCUGGCCGAGGGGGUGGAGGGCCGGGAAGGAGGAGGGUCCGAGCGGUCGACUCCGCCGAGCCCCGGCGCUUUGGCUCCUGCUGAGGUUCCCCGGCUCUGCAAAACACGUUUGAAAGCCCUGCAGGAAGCGGCCUACCACAGCGCCGAGCACGGCUACCUGGAUGUCACCAUGGAGCUGCGAGCACUAGGGGUGCCCUGGGAGCUCCACGUGUGGCUGGAGUCCCUGCGCAGCGCACAUCAGCAGUCCAGGGCCGAGGUCACCCUGUCCCUCCUGAAGGACUUCACCACCAUUCGGGAGGAGCAGUACUCCGAGGAGCUGCUCCGCCUCGGGCUGCCGCUCAUGUUCACCAUCCUGCGGACCAGCAAGAACGACGCUAUAAACCAGCAGCUGGGCUCCAUCUUCAGCCACUGUUACGGCUCGGCUCCCCUACCCGGAAUUCCAGAACUGAAGGCCAACCUGUCAUCGCAGCUCGACCCCCAGUUCCUGAACAACAAGGAGAUGUCGGACGUCACCUUCCUCGUGGAGGGGAAGCCCUUCUACGCCCACGGGGUCCUGCUGAUCACAGCCUCGGACAGGUUCCGGUCUCUCCUGGGAUCCUGCAGGUCGGACACCGCCUCGGGCUGCAGGACCAUCGAGAUCAGCGACAUAAAGUACGACAUAUUCCAGAUGAUGAUGAGGUACUUGUACAGCGGUGGCCGGGAGUCUGUCAGAGCGAAUGUGCCCGACGUGCUGGAGCUGCUAUCGGUGGCCAACUUAUUCCGGCUGGGGGCGCUGCAGCGGCACUGUGAAGUCGUCUGCGCCGAAAGUAUAGACCUGGAAAAUGCUGUGAGCAUCUACAAGACUGCGAAGACUCACGGAGCUUGCGAGCUGGCUGAGUUCUGCGAGAAGUUCUUCCUGCGCAACUUGGGGGUGCUGCUGGAGCAAGAGGCCUUCUGCAGGCUGCUCCUGGGCUCCGGGGGCUCCCGGGCGGCCAGGAGGGAAUCUUUGCUGGGGGCGCUGGAGGUCACCCUGGUGGAGAGAAUGCGCUCUCUCUACGCUGCCUUCACAGGAUGAGGGGAGGGGGGGGGUUUCAGAAGAAGGAGAGUGCUUGCUGCGACAGGGAGUCGCGUGGAUUUGACGGUGUGGACGGAACCGAGGGAACGCUACCGUUCUUGUGGCCCCGGUGACGUCCACCGGCAAAGGUGCAGAGCACAGUGCACCCACUGCAGAAAGAGAAUGACGCUCUGACACAAGGGACUAGGAGAUGGAGAUGGUUUGUAAAACUGAUAAAGGCUCCCCUCUAGUGGUGCGGCCGGUGCCGCUCUGUCUCGCUGCCUCGGUUCGGUUUAUCGUUUAGCUUACAUCAUACACCAGGUAAUCAGUGCUGGAAACACAGUGCAAAUUAUGGAGCGACUUUCUGCAAUAUACAGUAUAUAUAUUUUAUCUUGGUAUUACAAAAUGACAAAACAGUCUACACUUCUGUGCUGGAUUUUGUAUUUAUAUUAGUGCUCAUUUCACAAAGCCAAUAAAACUUUUUAGAUUUAUUAUAUUUAAUGUAAUUAAUAUAUGUUGUUCAGAUGGAUCAAUUUUUUUUUUUUU